CUUUUCCAUAGGCUGUGCGAGUGUUGUACUUCUAAAAGUGAAGUUUAGAUUUUAGUAAUAAUCUUAAAUAUUGGGUUUAAAACGAAAAUCAUUACGUAAAUUACAAUAACAGUAUCCAAAAUCCAAAGAAGUUUCAAGAAGAAUGUCCGUCUCAUCGGAAGAAGUCGAUCACUGGUAUGAAACGGCGAUAAACAAGGAAAAAGUGACCUUCGGUUGGAUAAUCAGCAAUGUCGAUCAAUUUUUAAUUUCCGGCAAGACUUUGAGAUCCGAGAGAUUUCGCAGCAGCAAAAUAAUUUCUCACGAGUGGCACUUAAAUCUAAAGAUGAGUGAGGACAAUUACAUCUCUCUUUGGGCUGUCAAUACAGGAGAAGAGGAUUUUGGCCACAUAUCUGCCAUCGAGUCCUUCAUCCUAAAUUCCAAAAACCAAAAAGUUUACAGCAAACGAACGGCUUACGUGAGAGAAAGCAUCGAAACCUAUGGAGAAUAUGGAUGUCGAAAUUUUAUUUCCAGAUCUGAUCUUGAGACCCUUUCCCAAAUGUACAUGCCCAACAACACCCUCAAAUUAUUUGUGGAAAUGGAGCUCUCUCUCUAUGUCGUCAAGAAUCAUUCUUUCAUAAAGAAUGAUCCUGGAUUACACGAAGUUAGUAGUUUUAUUGACCUUUUCGAAAACCCUCUCUUCAGUGAUGUCACGAUCUCAAUUCCACAAUGCUACGAGUUUCCGGCUCAUAAGGCAAUUUUGUCAGCCAAGAGUCCAACUUUUUUCGAAAUUUUCAUAUCCCAGCCGGAAAUGGAGGUUUUCGAAACGAACGAGUGGGGUGUUUUUGAAAUGACAAGACUCGCUGAAUGGAUCUAUACGGGAAAUCUUAAUUUUAAGGAAGAUUUUAGCAACGAAGAUUUGAUGGCAGUUGCUCACGGCUUCAAAGUUUGGGACCUGAAACUUAUCAUUGAAAAAAAUCUUUCCACCACAGUUUGCAUGGAAAAUGCGGCUGAACUUCUCGUUUUUGCGGAGAAACACGAGGCACCGAUUUUGAAAACGAGGGCGAUGCAUUUUAUCACGAAAAAUAUCAAAAAUUUAAUCGAGAAGAAGGAAUUUCUGGAAAUCAUUGUUUCUAAUCCACAACUCAUGUCGGAACUUUUUCGAAACUCUAUUUUAUAGCUUUAUUUAUUGUCAUUUAUGUGAUUUUCCAAUCGAGAUGAUGAGAGAGAUUGACGAGAAAUUAUCUUGAUGGGAAUGAGAAAAAUUGCGAAAAUCUUGCGAAUUUAUAAAUUAUUAAUGAGCUGGACUGAUUACCUUCAGCAGAUGAUUGAUUCAUGAGAAUAAUUAUUGUGUAUGUUAUUUAUAUGUGAUUGUGUUACUAUUGAUGAUUGAUUUUUAAUAAUCCCAGUGAAUCCCAAAGAUAUUAUUCAUCUGAAGUUGGAUAAAAAUGUGACAAACUAUUAACAACUAUAAUUAUCCGACGAAGGAUAAUUUUUAUCUGCCUACAUUUUAUCUGCCUAAUAAAUGAACUGUUCAAUUGUUUGGAGCGUUUUUAUCAAACUCCAGAUAAAUAGUAUCUCCGGGGUUUACUGUGAUGUUGAUAUAUUUUAUGUAAUUUAUUUUUAAUGAAGAACUUCGAAUGCAAAGAAUGAAUUUAAUAAAGAAUGGAUUAAAGUACA